AUGUUACAUUUGUGUGUUCUAGCUUUUGUUAUUAUAAGCAUUACUUACUGGGUCUACCGAUGGAGAAAUCCCAAAUGUGAUGGGAUACUCCCUCCAGGUUCAAUGGGGUUGCCACUUCUCGGCGAGACCCUUCAAUUCUUCUCUCCCAACACAUCCUCAGAUAUCCCUCCCUUCAUCAAAGAGAGGAUGCAAAGAUACGGUCCAGUAUUCAGGACGAACUUGGUUGGACGACCAGUAGUAGUAUCCACCGACCCAGAUUUCAAUUACUUUAUCUUCCAACAAGAGGGAAACUUGUUUCAGAGCUGGUAUCCAGACACCUUUACAGAAAUCUUUGGACAACAAAAUGUGGGUUCACUACAUGGAUACAUGUAUAAGCACCUUAAGAACAUGGUGCUAAAUCUCUUCGGUCCUGAGAGUCUCAAGAAAAUGCUAUCCGAAGUCGAACAGGCUGCGUGCAAGAAACUACAAUUAUGGUCAUUGCAGAAAACAAUUGAAUUGAAAGAAGCAACAGCAAGUAUGAUAUUUGAUCUGACAGCAAAGAAACUGAUAAGUUAUGAUCCAGAUAGUUUCUCAGAGAAUCUAAGGGAGAACUUUGUCGCAUUCAUGCAGGGAUUAAUAUCCUUCCCUUUGAAUAUUCCUGGAACAGCAUAUCACAGAUGUUUACAGGGUAGGAAAAGAGCAAUGAAAAUGCUUAAGAACAUGCUAGACGAAAGACGAGCAACACCCAGGAAGCGCCCCAGUGAUUUUUUUGACUACGUUCGUGAAGAACUUCAGAAAGAGGGAACAUUGCUCACAGAGGCAAUUGCUCUGGACUUAAUGUUCGUACUACUGUUUGCCAGCUAUGAAACAACGUCACUUGCUCUAACUAUGGCCAUCAAGUUUCUUAAUGAUGAUCCAUUAGCCUUGAAACAAUUAACAGAAGAACACGAGACUAUCCUAAAAAAUCGAGAAAAUGUUGACUUGGGUCUUACAUGGACAGAGUACAAAUCAAUGAAAUUUACAUUUCAGGUCAUCAAUGAAACAGUUAGACUGGCAAAUAUAGUUCCUGGAAUCUUCAGAAAAGCACUGAGAAGUAUCCAAUUUAAGGAAUAUACCAUUCCAGCAGGAUGGGCAGUAAUUGUGUGUCCUCCAGCAGUACACUUGAACCCAGCAAAAUAUGAGGACCCUAUUGCCUUCAACCCCUGGAGAUGGGAGGGAAUGGAAUUAAAUGGUGCAACUAAGAAUUUCAUGGCAUUUGGAGGUGGCAUGAGAUUCUGCGUUGGAACAGAGUUUACCAAGGUACAGAUGGCUGUAUUUCUCCACUCCCUGGUAACAAAGUACAGGUGGCAAGCUAUCAAAGGAGGAAAUAUCGUCCGAACUCCUGGAUUACAGUUUCCAAAUGGUUACCACAUUCAGAUCAUGGCGAAAAAUACAACACAUAUAUCUAAAUCAUCUGACCAAAAGGACAUAAGUUUCAAGGCAUUCCUGUGAGGCAGAGUCAUGAGUCUCAUGACAUACCAACUGGCACAUUACUAAUCAGUACUUACCAUUUUUCAGCUGCGAAGAACAGUAAUCGACAUAGUGUUUGAGGAUUGCAGAAAGAGAAGCAGUCAUAAUAGUUACUUCUCAACCAUCAAGCUACAGUUUUGGUUUUAUUUGCAGGUUAUAUCAUAAAAGGAGUGAAAAAAUAGGUCAAAAGGAAUUAUAAGUUUCAAUAUACCCACUCAUACUAAGAUAGUACGUUUCUUAAAAAUUCAUGUAAAUAAUGCAGUUUCAUCCUGUUCAAAAAGCAAGCCACUGCUAUUUUGCAAUAUUACACCAAAAAAAAUUUCAAAAACUUUCAGAAGACUGAAAAAAAAUUAAGUUGAUAUAACGAGACUUUUAUAAGAUGCUCUGAAAUGAAUUCAGUAUAGCAAUCAACAUACGCAGAUAGUAUCAAAUAAGUCCCACAAUGUGCACCAAAGAAAUGACUUAAAAUGUGCGCCCCGCCAUCCAAUAGUUUAUGCCAGCUAAAUUCAUCUACUAUUCUUUACUGUGUCUGAUCAAUUUACUGCUAAUAUUUCCGUUCUCCCUUCCAUCUAAGUAGAUUUGCCGCUCAAUACUUGAAUUCUUGCCCUUGUCCUUAUGCACAUGAUGAAGGCAGUAAUAAUAAUCAUUCUCGUCCUGAAUGGUUGUCUAUGCUCAUGAUGAAUGCUUCUUCGUUUAAGAGUACCAUGCUUAUGGUGCCUUAACUUCUGCUCAUGAUACUUAUUCAGAUGAGUGUGAGGGCGUCCAAUAAAUAUUAUGUAUCCUGUUAUCUCUGACUCUCUAUUUGUCAGACAAAAAAAUGAUCUUCCCUCCAGUCAUAAAGAGGAUCAAAGAGUCCUUUUUGAUGUAGAAGCCAAAGUAGUACAAGCACUACAACUCAAAGCACAGAAAUUAUGUAUCCCCAUUUUUCCACUAUAUGUUUUGAUCAUACAUUAAGUAAAUAAGUUUUACCUGUUAGAAAGAUGGCAAAAAGUAAUCCAAAUAUCACCAUCCAACUCAUACAUAGAUACUGUAUAUGGCACCUGAAGUUAAAAAAAAAAAAAAAAAAGUGCAUCCACUUCUGCUCAGAAAGGAAACAUAUUAUUUUAUCAGAUAAAACAAAUAACGUAACACACAUAAAACAGAAUCAAAUCAUAUGGUACACAAAAAAAAAAA